AUGGGUCGGCCUAUUCUUACUGGACACAAUCCAUUCUCUGAUCCUGACGUCGCUGAACGAUAUCGACAAAUCUAUGAACAAGCUCGUUACGAGGGCCGCCACCGUUUUGACCCUCAAUUGACUUGGACACUAGAGGAAGAAAGGCGACUCGUCCGUCGCAUCGAUUUGCGCGCUUGUCUAUGGGUGUGCAUAAUAUUCACGGUCAUUCAUGUAGACAAUGGUAACAUCACGCAAGCAGUCUCGGAGACUCUGCUUCAAGAUCUUAAUAUGAAUACCAAUGACUUCAAUCUCGCCAAUACUCUCUUUUGGGUCGGUUUCAUCGUUAGCGAAUUCCCCUCGCAACUGAUAUCCAAGAAGUUUGGCCCAGACCGCUGGACCCCAAUCCUAUUGACUACGUGGUCUAUUCUUGCCAUAUCACAGGCUGCAAUCAGAACUAAAACCAACUUGCUCGUCUUACGGGGGCUAUUGGGCUUAUUAGUAGGGGGCUUCGUUCCUGAUGCUAUACUAUGGCUGUCCUAUUUCUAUACCAGCAAGGAGCUCCCUAUUCGCCUAAGUUUCUUCUUCUCAACUCUAGUUUGGGAGAAAGUUAUUUUCACUUUCACCGGAAUUGGGAUACUUCAUCUUCGUGGAGUAGCCGGAUGGCCAGGCUGGAGAUGGCUAUUUCUUAUACAAGGAUUCAUACCAUUGACAGUUUCGAUUGCUUCUUUCUUUAUGAUGCCUCCAUCCAUCGUGCAGACCAAGACCUGGUUCAGGCCAAAUGGUUGGUUUACUGACCGUGAGGAGAUCAUUGCGGUAAAUCGUAUUCUAAGAGACGACCCAUCGAAAGGUGAUAUGAACAAUCGCCAAGCUAUCACUCCGAGGCGAAUCUGGAAUGCAUUGAAAGACUUCGACCUAUGGCCCAUCUAUGUGAUAGGGUUCUUCAUCAAUGUUCCUCAAGAUCCACCAAAUACCUACCUUGUUAUCACCCUCCGAAGCCUUGGCUUCGAUACUUAUGUCACUAACCUGCUCAUUAUCCCUUCAUCUGUCGGGCAUAUACUGGCCUUGAUUAGCAUCACUUGGCUUAGUGAGCGGUAUAAAGAAUGCGCGGUAUUCGCGAUGAUGCAGAGCAUUUGGACCCUGCCACCUUUGAUUGCCCUCCGGUUCUGGCCAGGAGUAGUAAAAGACGUCUGGGGCACGUACACUCUUGUGACGGUCCUUCUCAGUUAUCCCUCAUCACAUGCUAUAAUGGUUGGCUGGCUUUCAAAAAACUGCAAUGGGGUUGGUGCCAGAGCUAUGUCAGUUACCAUUCAAAACGUGAUCUACCUACUCAGCAAUGUGUGGGCAAACAACAUUUACGUUGAAUCAGACAGGCCCUUAUACCACAGAGGAAACACCAUCCUAAUCACAUUGAACGUGGUCACUCUAGUUCUCAUAGUAUUCGCUAAAGUAUACUACAUUUUGCGGAAUAGACACCGCGAUCGAGUGUGGGCCAGCAUGACUCCAGAGGAACGCUCUGCAUAUACGCAUGACUCUAAGGACGAGGGAACUAGACGACUGGAUUUUCGUUUUGCUCAUUGAAUACUCAUUGGGGGCAUAUCUUCUAUUACCACUAACGAUUUUAUGCAUUCUGCUCGAUUUCUUCAGACUUUCCAUUCCAUCAGUUAACACUUGAUUUUGGUCCUUCCAUUUCGACCCGGUUGAAGUACAGAGGUGGCGAUAAAUACGAGUACCUACUUUCUCAUGAAGGCAUUGCUUAGCGGUCCCAGUUAAGCUUGUGUCAGCAAGCUGUGAUUUACUUUAUUAACAGUCGACAAUCAAUCAACUAUAUUUUUCCCUGUGUUAUAGGCAAAUAAAAAAACAAGCUUAAGGUCUUGCCACCAUAGUAGCAAAGUUGAUCGCAAUCGAUAUUGACCUGUG